AAGAGGAAAGUCGCAGCGCUUAGUGAAGUUUUUGAUUUCAUACUUCAGGACUUCAGGACAGUAAUCCGGAGCUCGCUGUAACACAGCUCUUUCUCUUCCUCCUCCUUCUCUGCUUCUGGUUUAUAAAAACACCGCCCAGGACCCGCGCCACACUUUCACCCGCAUGAAUAUCUCAACAAUCAGACAAGCAGACACGGGCCAGGUUCCGAAGCUGUCUGGAAGAUGGACGUGUACAAUCUGACAACCUUCACGUAAAAACACACGUUCACACUGUCUGUUAUGGAGGAACAAUGUUUUAGCCAAAACCGUAGGGUUUAAAAUACGCAAAAAUGUACCAUCAGAUGAGCAGUAAUAUUGUAAACCGCUGUAAAAAUGUGUUUUUUUUUGUAACUGUUUAUUUUCUUGUUAGUCACAUUUAUAUCUAUUGACCUAUCACUUCAUAAAUGCUAAAUAUAUAAAUAUAUAAUAAACAUAUUUGCCUAUUGGUAGCGAUCAUUUAUUGAUUGUGCGACGUGUAGCUUUGAAAACCACAAAAAAAAACAAAACAAACUUCGACGUAAAAUUGUAAAAUUCAUGAUUUAUACUGCGUUGGUUUUUUUUUUAAAACAUGGAAAAUAUUUAUUUGUGAGAUUGAUUUGAUUUAAUUUAAUUUUACAAAUAAAUCGUAGAAAUGUUGAUGGGGACUUUUUACAGCUCGUCUGACGGCUUUCGUCUCUCCGGUUACGUUUGUAUAAUCAGGUUAACGGUGUACUUUUACACUUUAUCAUAAUGACCAUAAUCUGAAAGAAAGAAGAAAAAAAAACACGAACGUGACUGAAACCCUAAAGUUGUAGGCCAAAGUUUAACGGUGUCGUUCACCUCAGCUCGGUGUGUUAUUGGAUCUUUGUGUAAGAGUGUGAGUGUGUGUGUGUGUGUGUGUGUAGUAGUAGUAGUAGUAGUAGUAGUAGUAGUAAUAGGGACGAUCAAUACGUAGCCAAUAUCGUGUGUUAAUCGAAACCAUUUUCUCACUACACAGUGAAGGGUCGUCAAACCAGGGAUUAAAAAAAGAAAUUUUGUUUAAAAAAUCCCUUUUCGAAUCAUUUUCUUCAUGUUUUAGGUUGUAGUCUUGUUGCGCGAUGUACUCCGCUUUAAGUGUUUACACAUUUCGGAAUUCUGUUUGUUUGCAAAUGAGUUGUGAAAUAGAUGUCGUCGUCGUGGGUGUUUGUUUUAUUUUGGCGUUAAAGAAAACAAACAUGGGGGGCACAAAGUUUUGCAGUGGAACGGAAAAUUUGGGAAAGUGAAAGGAACGGAAACUCGAGUCUGUUUUAUUAUUAAUCUGUGAAUGAUGUUGGUGUUAUACACACACAGACACCUGGAGAUGUUCGAUAGCAUGUGGAUAACCAUAACGAGUAUACUGCACGUGUGUGUGUGUGUGUGUGUGUGUGUGUGUGUGUGUGUGUGUGUGUGUGUGUGGUGAGUGUUACCUGGAACAUUAGGUGCUUUAUAACUCAACAGAACUAUUGGGAUUGUUCUCUGUGUGUGUGUAUGUGUGUGUGUGUGUGUGUGUGUGUGUGUGUGUGUGUGUGUGUGUGUGGGUCAGUGAGGCUGCCGUGUCCGAGGUCUUUUGUUUCAAGGCUCAGUCUUGCGUCAUGCAUUCCAUCUGGCACACUGAACCGAACCUCUUUUCCUGUUUCCAGAGUGUGAGGGGAGCACACACACACACACACACACACACACACACACACAUAUACACACACGCACACACACAUACACACACACACGCGCAUACACAUACAUGCAAACACAAACAUGCCCAGAUAAUCCAGCCACUCAAACAUCUCUCUCAAUGACUGCUGAACACACACACACACACACACACACACACACACACACACACACACACAGAGAACUGACACUGUCACUUCCAGUGAAGGAGGCGUGUCCUGUGUUAUUCAGUAUCUGUCAGUCACAGAGAAGGAGACGUGGCCUGUGUUAUUCUGUAUCUAUUAAUCACGGAGAAGGAGGCGUGGCCUGUGUUAUUCUGUAUCUAUUAAUCACGGAGAAGGAGGCGUGGCCUGUGUUAUUCAGUAUCUGUCAGUCACAGAGAAGGAGGCGUGGCCUGUGUUAUUCUGUAUCUAUUAAUCACGGAGAAGGAGGCGUGGCCUGUGUUAUUCUGUAUCUAUUAAUCACGGAGAAGGAGGCGUGGCCUGUGUUAUUCUGUAUCUAUUAAUCACGGAGAAGGAGGCGUGUCCUGUGUUAUUCUGUAUCUAUUAAUCACGGAGAAGGAGGCGUGGCCUGUGUUAUUCUGUAUCUAUUAAUCACGGAGAAGGAGGCGUGUCCUGUGUUAUUCUGUAUCUAUUAAUCACGGAGAAGGAGGCGUGGCCUGUGUUAUUCUGUAUCUAUUAAUCACGGAGAAGGAGGCGUGGCCUGUGUAUUUUUGUUCUGUAACUUAUUUGUGUUCUAAAUGUUGUAAUCUUUAGAGAAUGUGUACGUACAUUCCUCACAGUAACACGGUGUGAGAAACACACCCAUAUCUCACACACACGCACACACACACACACACACACACACACACACACACACACACACACACAGUGUGGAUAUUGACAUUAUGCUGAGCGGCGUAACCAUUUUCCUCAUGGCCUUGUUACACGUCGUUAGGCGUGCCGUUAUCAGCAGGAUGAAGCAGCGUGACAGGGACUUUCCUCAUGGGCAGAAUUCCAGUGGGAGCAGCCAUGCUCAUGUAUGACUAUCCGGUGAAGGCAGACAGGGAGACGGGUUGCCCAUCCUUGGUGAAGUCUCAGGCCAAAACGUACAGCGCCAUGUUCUCCAUUGGUCCUCACCCCUCUCAUUUCUGCUACGGUCCUCACUACGCGCCGUAUCACAGCCCCACACACACUCACACACACACCCCUCCUCACGGCCCCGACGCCCCCACACACGCGCAGCUGGAGCCCGUGGACCUGUCUCUCAGCAAGAAGUCCUCGCCUCCUCCGCCGUCCUCGUCCUCCUCGCCGUCUUCGUCGUCACCGUCGCCGUACUCCUCGUCCAGAGCCACGCCCCCAUCCCCGUACGAGCGCAUCGGCCGUUCUGACUCCGCCUCCAUGACGCUGUCCUUCCCCACCUUGGUGACUCCGUUGGUUUCAGCUCCCGGUCCAGGUCUCAUCCCCGUUCUCUCCAGCAUGAUCCUGCCCUCCUGUACCAUGCUGUAUCCGCCCCACGUCCUGCCCUCGUCCGUCAUGCUCUUCCCCAGCACCAACGACGACCAGAAGGGCGGAGCCUCCUCUCUCAAAUCCGACGGCGCCCAGGACCACCAGCCAAUCAAAUCCGAGCCUCACAGCAAGCGAGCUCCCAGCAUGCACAGGCAGGAAAUUCCAUCGCCGCCCAUGCCAAGCUAUAACGAGGCGAACAAACACUCAGUGAUAGUACACGCCCCUAAAGCGGAGUCUCCCGACCCGUUGAAGAAGCGACGCAUCCAUCGCUGUGAUUUUGGAGGCUGCAACAAAGUGUACACGAAGAGCUCACACCUCAAAGCCCACAGACGCACACACACAGGAGAGAAGCCGUACAAGUGCUCGUGGGACGGCUGCACGUGGAAGUUUGCGCGUUCGGACGAGCUGACACGUCAUUACCGCAAACACACCGGCUCGAAGCCGUUCAAGUGCUCGGACUGCGACCGCAGCUUCUCGCGCUCCGAUCACCUCGCCCUGCACAGGAAGCGCCACCUGCUGGUGUGACGCCGAAACGCAGCGCCGAUUCAGCCAGUGCACCUUCGAGACGCACUGCACUAUUAUUAACCGGGUGUAGGGGUGUUCAGCACGCAGUCACACGGACCGCACAGAGAAGACGUCCUGUCACCUCCGGGUCAAAACUAUUUUUGCAAAAUUGUUAUAUCGAUACCUGAAGCUGUUUCGUAUCGUCAUAUCACCCAGCCUGAUUUUCAACACCACCCUUUACUGGACUCUAAUGGGCACUUCCAAAGUACUUCUUUCUCUCUCUCUCUCUCGCUCUCUCUCUCUCUUUCUUUCGUCACAUCUCUCACUCGCUUAAACACACAAACUCACACAGUUCUAUUAGGCGCCCUCUGCUGGUCAAAGGGUGUAUUGUGCUACCACACACACACACCGGGUUAAUCCUGAAUAAUGUGAAUUCUUUUUUUAUUAUUAUUAUAAUUAUAUAAAUAUAUAUUAGUCAGGAAAAUCUUGUAAGUCUUUAAUUUUGUAACCAGUAAGUGUCACAUGUGUAGGCAGGUUUUAAUCAGUUUAUUUGAUGCUUUUCUUGUUCGUUUGGGUUAGUGUAACCACAUUAUUCAUAUUUUAAACGGUUUGCAAUGCCAUAUUUUCUGGAUUAUAAGACACACAUUUCCCCCUCUAACAGGUGAUGAAAUGUUUACGAUUAAUUACGAAGCUUCUUCUUUAAAUAGUGUACACGUAUACGGCGUUCCCGUACGGUCCGGAAAACCUAAAAAUGCAUCGAAGGCGAAUACGCAGUGAGCAUCGGUAGCUGUGUUUCCAUCCAAGUCGCAAGUUUAACUUGUGCGGAAAAAUCAUGACUCCCGGGGGAAACUGGCGCACCUCGCUCGCCGCCAUUUUUUGAAACUUUUUUCCUGAGCUGAUUUCCGGAUGACUUUUCCGACACGCGUCGAGGAAUUCAUUCGGUAAAUACAUUUCCAUCGUAGUCUUCUUAUCGAAUUUUUUUAAAUGUUAACUUUUUUUUAUGCAUGUUUUAGACAUUCGUAGUCCAAAUUUUGCAUGUAAGUACAUGGAUGGAAACAUAGCUACUGUUAUGUCUGGAAGAUUAAAAGCAACAUCCACUAGAGGGCACUAGAGUCAAGUUGUCCAUUUAGUGAGUUUUUUUGUCGUUGCCAUAUUUAUUAAGCUCACAGACACCCGUAAUUGGCUAGUGUCGCUGCGAUCGACAGGCGACACAGACUGUGCCCGUCCCACCCAGACAGCACAGCCAGAUUUGCUGUCAUGUACUCCCACGAUUCGACCUUGCCAACUCUGGACAACGCUUUUUUUUUUCUAUUGCGCAACAGAGAAAUUAUUUCGCCUUAAUACUCCAACCUGUUCAGAAUAGCGUGCAAGUACGCGAUUUGAGACACAGCCCUCGCUUUAUCAGCCUGCUACUGCUAUCACGUCGCGUCACGUUAUACUGCCCCCUGCCAUGCACGCCGGUAUUGCAUCACGCUCGGUCGUCCUGUAAAUGUUUUUCCCCGAUACGUCCGCAAGACGUACACGGCGUCCGUCUUGCGUACGCGUUCCGUACGCCUCAGCUUUCCAAAUAUAUACAUUAAAACGCUCUAAAAUUCUACAGUUUUUUUUUUCUCGCUCAGAAGGGGUGUGUCUUCUACUCCAGGAAAUACAGCGUAAGAAACAAAUGCUCACAGCAUCAACAGGCUCCCGUUGUCGUAGCACGUCUGUAUAUGAUUUGAUGUUUAUUACGUAAGUACUAUGUACUGUCUCAGAACUCUGUAAUUGCACAUUGAGUAACGACGUCGUUUUAUGCAGUUGCAGGUAUUUAUGUAAGGAGCGCGUGUAAAGGUGCCGAAACGUUCGCGAUGUCAUCACGAGGGCGUUGCACCUGAGCUUGAGUGAAGCGCUCGUCCGGUGAAUUUACUUCAAUAUCGUGAUAUGUAAUAUCGUCCUGGUUAGGAGCUCAUCAGAUCCUCAAACAAACGGUUAGCUGCUAUGACGUAGCAUGGAAUUUCUAGCGAUAGCGUUAGGUUAGAAUGCGCGCUCGUGGAUUUGGAUGUACGUUCAGGGCUGUUGUGCGUUUAAGCAGUCCGGAUUUCGUUCUAGGGCGAUUGUAUUUACACAGCUAAAUGUGAAUCAUUUGAAUAAAGAGGGGCAUUAUGGUAAUGGAGUUCGAUUUGGUUGUGGGGAACAUCAUUUUUCGUUGUCACUUUGCGUAACAUAAAACACACAAGGACGUGUGUGUGUGUGUGUUACUAUUAUUAUUUUUUUCUGUUGCGGUUUUGCAAAAUUGCUUUUCUAUAUAAAGAACGUUAUAAAGGAUAAUGUGCACUUUAAGCUCGUCAUAAUAAACAUAAUCAACCAGUUAGCAAAACAAAGCGCGAUUUUUUUUCGUUCUCCUCCUUCUCCUUCUUAGCCAUGCUAACGUUAGCGAUAAUGACGUGCACCUCGGCUGAUUAUUUGUGUUUCACUUUUGUACGUUUCACUCUUCCUUUAAAAUUGUGACAUCUCCUCAUAGCUAGUGAAACGUUUGUGACAGAUUAGCACUUCCCUUCAGAUCUCAUCACUGUUUUAUAACCACCGGAGCGUAUUUUAACGCCGAACACGUAGGCGAUGAUUUAGCCUGUGCUAAUUAGCAUUCUAGCUAGCAAACAGUCGAAGAAAGCUAGCUCCCUUUUCUCUAACACACAGAAAGGACAUUGCUUUAGAUUAGCCUUAACAACGUGCGCUAGAGCACUAUGUCGCUAGCUGCUAAUUACCCGAUUAGCUAGCUGGCUAUUCGCUAGCUAUCCAAAGUAGUGACUUUGUUUUCUUUUUUCUUUUAUUAUUUUAUUUUACAUAGCACGCAUUCUGAGUAAAUCCUAAUAGAAUCCCUUCUCGCGUUUGGGACGCGCUUUUUAACUUGAUGUAUGGAGAACGAGGGACGAAAAACAGACUGAACGAGAUGAAGAAAGGAUGAAGUCACAACACACACACACACCUGAGAGAAACCCUAUAGUGCACACUGUAAUAUAUAUUUUUUUUUAGGAUUAAUACAACUGAAAGGGAAAUUAAAGGAAUUUUAUACGCAUCGUGAUCAUUAUAUAUUUUUAAUCUGGACAAAUAUUAUGCAUUUCUGAUGUGAAGAUGUGAAUCUUUAUUUCUGGAAUUUCUGUCCUUUUUUUUUUUUUGCUCUUCAAAAGGGAAUCGUAUAUCAAGCUGUGAAAGAAUAUACGUAUAUGCUGUACAAGCUGAUAUUGUAUUGUUUUAGAUAUGAAAUGUAUCGUUGAAUAAACUUCUAUCUGUG